AACCAAUCAUAUCAAAGGAGGCGGGUUUUGACGGAAUACGGGUGAAGAAAGCUAGAACGCUUGUCUAUAUGAACUGAAAAAAAGCUGGCAGUCAAAUAUAUUCUUAUUUAGGAUUUAAUAAAUAAAACAACCAGGGUUUCUUCAUGCAUGAGCUGAAGAUGAACCUGAAGCAGGCCAUCCUGCAGGCUUGGAAGGAGCGCUGGAGCGACUACCAGUGGGCUGUCAACAUCAAGAGGAACUGCCCCAAAGGAGCCACGUGGGAUUACCCCAACCUCGCAGAAGCGUUGUUGGAGCAGGCGAUGAUUGGGCCGUCCCCAAACCCGCUGAUUCUGUCCUAUCUGAAGUAUGCCAUCAGCUCCCAGAUGGUGUCCUACUCCAGCGUUCUCACUGCUGUCAGUAAGUUCGACGAUUUCUCACGAGAACUCUGCGUCAAGUCGCUCCUGGAGAUCAUGGACAUGUUUUCCAACCGUCUCAGUUGCCAGGGGAAAGCGGAGGAGUGUAUCGCUCUGUGCCGGGCUCUGCUCGGGGCAAUCGCGUGGCUCCUGCAGGGCUGCGCCUGGUACUGCGAGAAGCUUAAAGAGCCUAGCGCCGCACCGCCGAGCGACGCCAGCCUCCGGGCUCUCCAGGAGCGCCUGGAGAACCUUCUGCAGCGGGCCAAGAACCGAGCCCUGAUGCACAUCGCGAGGUUGGAGGAACAGGCUUCCUGGAGCAACACGGAGCAAGCGGUGAUCAAACUCACGGAGAACCUAAACAGUGUAACCAAUCAGGUGCUGAAAAACAAGCUGGAGGAGUGCGUGAUGCUGGUGAAGAGUGUCCCUCAGAUGCUGAGCAUCCAGUGUGAGCCUCCAGUCCACACCUCCUUUCCAACGGUCCAUGCUUUCAUCAUGCUGGAGGGGACCAUGAACCUCACAGGGGAGAUGCAACCGCUGGUGGAGCAGCUCAUGAUGAUCAAGAGGAUACAGCGCAUUCCGGCACCAUUGUUCAUCCUGGAGAUCUGGAAAGCUUGCUUCACCGGGCUCAUCGAGUCUCCAGAAGGCACAGAGGAGCUCAAAUGGACAGCGUUCACCUUCCUCAAGAUUCCUCAGGUUCUUCUAAGGUUAAAGAAGUACCCUCAGGGUGAGAAGGACUUCACAGAGGAAGUGAACAUUGCGUUUGAGUUUCUGCUGAAGCUCACACCCCUGCUGGACAAAGCUGACCAGAGAUGCAACUGCGACUGCCUGAAUUUGCUGCUUCAGGAGUGUAAUAAACUCUGCUUGCUGUCAGAAUCCAACAUGGCCGCCCUCACCGCCAAACGUGCUGAAGACAGGGAAUAUGCACCAAAGCUGAAAACGGCGGAGAAUGCCAACAUCCAGCCGAACCCGGGCCUCAUACUACGUGCCGAGCCGACCGUCACCAACAUACUGAAGACUGUGGAUGCUGAUCAUUCCAAAUCCCCUGAGGGUUUGCUGGGAGUUUUGGGUCACAUGCUCUCAGGGAAGAGUUUGGAUUUGCUGUUGGCUGCUGCCGCGGCUACGGGAAAACUCAAAUCCUUUGCUCGCAAAUUCAUCAAAUUAAAUGAGUUUCCGAAGCAGAUCAGUGGUGAAGGAUCAAAAUCUGCUUCAGUGAGAGCUCUGCUCUUUGACAUCUCCUUCCUCAUGCUGUGUCAUGUGGUCCAGACAUAUGGCUCUGAGGUCAUCCUGUCGGAACCGAGCCAAUCAGGCGAGACCCCGUUCUUCGAGACAUGGCUGCAGAUGUGCAUGCCUGAGGAAGGGAAGAUCCUGAAUCCGGACCACCCCUGCUUCAGACCUGAACCGGGGAAGGUGGAGAGUCUGGUGGCGUUACUCAACACCUCCUCCGAGAUGAAGCUGGUUCAGAUGAAGUGGCAUGAGAUCUGCCUGAGUACGCCGGCAGCCAUCUUGGAGGUGUUGAACGCCUGGGAGAACGGAGUGCUGUCUGUGGAAGCUGUGCAGAAGAUCACCGAUAACAUAAAAGGGAAAGUGUGCAGUAUGGCCAUAUGCGCCGUGGCCUGGCUCGUGGCUCACGUGCGAAUGUUAGGAUUGGACGAACGAGAGAAACCGCAGACCAUGAUCCGUCAGCUAAUGGUGCCUCUGUAUGGAGAGAACACGCUUCAGUUUUACAACGAACGCGUGGUGAUCAUGAGCUCGAUCCUGGAGCACAUGUGCGCCGACGUCUUCCAGCAGACGGGCCAGUGCCUGCGCUCGUUGGUGGAGCCUCAGGAGCCGCUGCCGUACCGCUGCCUCCUGCCCCUGCGCCAACCCAUCAGCCAGGCGCUCAGCUCCAACUUCCGCACAGCGCUGGACAAAGGCUGGGUCGACUCCAGCACGCUGCACCUCCUGGAGAACCUGUUGCACAUCGGCGGUGCCUUCUGGUUUACAAACAACCUUGUCAAGGAGCUGCUGAAGGAGACACGUAAGGAGUGGGCGCUCCGUGUGGUCGAGCUCCUCUACAGCAUCUUCUGCUUGGACCUGCAGCAAAUCACGCUCACACUGAUCGGCCACAUCGUGCCCAAUCUGCUUACUGAUCCCGCCCACUGGCACAGUUUAGCAGAUCCGCCCGGCCGAGCCCUUGCCAAGCUGUCGGUAUGGUGUGCUCUCAGCUCCUUCUCGUCUCACCAUAAAAUCCACGCAUUGGGUCGGCAGCGCAAGAGACAGCGAGAGGACAUUGAGGACUACAGCAGCCUGUUCCCAUUGGAUGACACGCAGCCAUCCAAGCUGAUGCGUCUGCUGAGCUCGAACGAGGACGAACCCGCCGUGUUGAGCAGUCCAGGUGACCGCACCAUGAGCAGCUCACUGUCUGCCUCACAGCUUCAUACAGUCAAUAUGAGAGAACCACUCAACCGUGUGCUAGCAAAUCUGUUCUUGCUCAUCUCAUCCAUCCUGAGCUCUAAAACCGCCGGUCCUCACACACAGUUUGUGCAGAGUUUUAUCGAGGAGUGUGUAGAGUGUUCAGAGCAGGGCAGCCGGGGGAGCAUCCUGCAGUUCAUGCCGUUUACUAUGGUUUCUGAGCUGGUCAAGCUGCACGCUCUCGCCAAACCCAAAGUUGUUCUGUCCAUCACAGACCUGACGCUCCCGCUGGGCCGAAGAGUAGCCGCCAAAGCGAUUGCUGCUUUGUAACACACACACACACACACACACACACACACACACACACACACACACACAUGAGUAAUGGAAUCUGACUUCCAGUAAAGUUUUUCUCUCACCAGCUUCAUUGUUACUCAUUACAUGACACCCUCACUUCUUAGUCUUCUAAAGAAUAAUCAUGUCAUUCGAUUGCAUGCUACUUUCCCCAAACACCAUAAAAAAAAAAAAAUGUUUUGUAUAUAGAACUUUUUUAUACUCAAUAAACUGAUUUAAUAACUUUA